AUGGCUCUUCAGAGUUCGAUCGGCAUCAGUACCCUGUUGUCAAAAUCGGAUCUUUUUGCCAGUGACCGGAGGAUCGAGGUCGGAAAAGUCGUCGGAGGUGGGAUUUGGAGGAGGAAGCGAGGUGGGUUUGUUGUGUGUAGGAGUAGCGAUGAUGGGAUGAAGCAGGGAGGUGGUGGAGGGGUGCCCAAUUCGAAUUAUGUGGUGCCCUUAAACAUGUCGUUUUCGUUUACGAACUCGUCGUGUAUCACUAGGCGUCUGGCUGAGAUUCUCAGGGACCUGAAUAAGAGGAUUCCCGAUAACAUUAUCAGUACCAUACCUCCUGGAAAUCAGUCCACUUUAAUUCCUUGA